AACCUUACAUAGACAAUGUCAAGGCCGUUCGGCAAGGUUACUUUCGCAGAGUCCGUAGCUUUAAUUCUCAUAUCGUAAAGUUUAAAAGUUUUCCCAAAGAUGACAUCUAUUAAAAGACCAGGUCUGACAUCUGAAGCAUCGUUUAAGGCGUUGCAGAAUUACUUCGACAAACAUGGACAAUCGCUGAACAUGCUUGACAUGUUUAAAAAGGAUCCUUCCCGAUUCCAAAAAUUUAGUGCAAAUAUAUCUGGCAAAGAUGGUGAUCUUUUGCUGGAUUUCUCAAAGAAUUUAGUUAAUGAAGAUGUGAUGAAGUUAUUGUUUGAUCUGUGUCGUGAAAGGAAAGUAGAAGAAAUGCGCAAGGCCAUGUUUGGAGGGGAGAGAAUCAACUUCACAGAGGAUAGGGCUGUACUGCAUAUUGCCUUGCGCAACAGGGUUAACACCCCUAUCUUGGUCAAUGGCAAAAAUGUGAUGCCAGAUGUAAAUGCAGUCCUAAAGCACAUGAGGGAGUUCUGCACGUCCGUACAGUCAGGGGCAUGGAAGGGAUUCUCCGGUGAGACGAUAAAGGACGUGGUAAACAUCGGCAUUGGAGGCUCCGAUUUGGGACCCCUGAUGGUGACAGAGGCCCUGCAGCCAUAUCAGAGAGGCCCCAAUGUGCAUUUUGUUUCCAACAUUGAUGGUACCCACAUGGCCAAGACACUGAAACGAUUGAGGCCGGAAACCACCCUCUUCAUUAUUGCCUCAAAGACAUUUACCACUCAGGAGACUAUCACCAAUGCAAACUCUGCCAAGGCCUGGCUGCUGCAGCACUGCAAAGGAGAUGUUGGUGCAGUUGCAAAGCACUUUGUUGCACUGUCUACAAACACUAAACUGGUGAAAGAGUUUGGUAUCAGUGAAGAAAACAUGUUUGAAUUCUGGGAUUGGGUCGGUGGACGGUACUCUCUAUGGUCAGCCAUCGGACUUUCCAUCGCACUCUUCAUUGGUAUGGACAAUUUUGAAGAUCUGCUUGAGGGGGCUCAUUACAUGGACCAGCACUUCUUGAACACCCCUCUUGAACAAAAUAUUCCAGUAAUACUGGCCAUGCUGGGCGUGUGGUAUGUGAACUUCUUUGGAUCGGAGACCCAGGCACUGCUGCCAUAUGAUCAGUACCUGCACCGGUUUGCAGCCUAUUUCCAGCAGGGUGACAUGGAGAGCAAUGGGAAGUAUGUUACACGCAGUGGGGCCACGGUGGACUACAAGACUGGGCCCAUUGUGUGGGGUGAGCCGGGUACCAACGGGCAACAUGCCUUCUAUCAGCUCAUACACCAGGGCACUCGGCUGAUCCCCUGUGAUUUCCUGAUUCCAGUCGAGACUCACAAUCCAAUACAGGACGGGCUUCACCAUCAGAUCCUGUUGGCCAACUUCCUAGCCCAGACAGAGGCCCUGAUGCGAGGCAAGACAACUGAGGAGGCCCGGGCAGAGCUGGAAGCUGCUAAAAUGGCUCCAGAGGCCAUACAGGCCAUCCUUCCACACAAGGUGUUCCAAGGAAACCGACCCAGUAACUCCAUUGUUGUCCAGAAAGUAACACCAUUUACCCUGGGAGCACUCAUAGUGAUGUAUGAACACAAGAUAUUUGUGCAGGGUGUGAUCUGGGACAUCAACUCAUAUGAUCAGUGGGGAGUGGAGCUUGGAAUGCAGCUGGCUAAGAAGAUAGAGCCAGAGCUGACAGGGAAGGACCCUGUGUCCACACAUGACGCCUCAACCAACGGACUAAUCAACUUCAUCAAGUCACAUAAGCUGUAGACUGGGCUGGCAGGCUGUUGUCAUGUGACAGUGUGCUGUAGAUCAGGCUGGCAGGCUGUUGUCAUGGGACAGUGUGCUGUAGACCAGGCUGGCAGGCUGUUGUCAUGGGACAGUGUGCUGUAGACCAGGCUGGCAGGCUGUUGUCAUGGGACAGUGUACUGGAUCAGCAGCCAGUUGCUCUAAACUUUUUACGGCUUAUUAUGCUUGUAGAUUUAACCCUUAACCUCUUAGAUAGUAUUUUGACACGUUUGUAGUCCCUUAGAAAGUUAAAUUCAAUUAAAGGCCUUUCUUACUAGAUCCAAGUUUUAAAGGUUUCAGUUCCAAGCCAUAGAUACUGAUGAGCAGCAAACAGCAUAAAACCUGAACAGACUGCAAGUUACUCGCAGGCUGUUCUGGUUUUAUGCUGUUUGCAUAUAGCCAUUUUCACUUUGCUUCUAAGUGGGAAAGGGUUAAAUAAUUACUAUGAAGAUAUUAAUUUAAAAGUAAUUAUAGAAGAACUUAUUAAAAUGUGGAUUAAUUUAAAAAUAAUUUGAAUUUUCUGAUUAUUGUAAGUGUUUGCUAAGCAAGUUGCUCAUAAUAUUGACAUUAAUGGAAGUUAUUUAUAUCAUUAAAUGUUUUAAAAAAUAAAAUGCAAGCAGUUUUAUUCAAACAAAUUGGUAUGAUAAGAGUAUUAUAAAUGUUUGUAAAGCAACUUUCUUGUUAUAGUGACUGCAUAACACCUCUGAAGUUGAGGUGAAUGGGUCAUUAAAGAUCUGAACACAUUGGCCAUUAUCAUUUUGUUUGGAUGGAUUAGAUGUGUUGAUUGAUCUUUGCAAUAUGAUUCUGUUGUCUCCCCAUGACCUCCCCAUCCCCAUAAAUGACUGUACAGUUAUACUUUGUUUUAAGUUUGUUUCUACUUUUUAAAGGGGCCUUUUCACAGAUUUUGGCAUUUUUUAACUUAUUCAUUAAAUGCUUUAUAUUGAUAAAUGUAAACAUUGGAUCGUAAAAGCUCCAGUAAAAAAUCAAGAAUAAAAUUUAAAAAAGGAAAAGAACAUUGCCCGGAGCAGGUUUCGAACCAGUGACCCCUGGAGUCCUGCCAGAGUCCUGAAGUAAAAACGCUUUAGCCUACUGAGCCAUUCCGCCGAAUAUACAUACUUAAUGUAUUUUAUACCCUAUAUAAGCAAUCUUCGUAGUUUCACAAAAUUUAACGACAAAAACAGAACUCUCCAAAUUAUUCAAUCGUUUCGCGUUGCAACGCUUUAUAAUUUUUAGGUUUUAUAAUCGUCAAAAGAUGCAUAUAAUGGCUAUAUUAGAACAUGGUAAAUGUUCAGUAUUACUGUUUCCUCACAAAUAUCAUAACUAAAACGAAAAUUUGCGAAUCUGAAACAACUUUUUUCAAUUUUGUCAAUUUACCAAAGCGUGAAAAGAUCCCUUUAAUGAGUUGAAAUUUGUUAUAAGUAUUUACAUUUUUCGUUUAGUUGAUUCUUACUGCAUGCAAUAAGUGUUUUUACUUUGAGUUGUUAAUGGUAUUGAGGAUGUUUGUUGGAUUUGGUGGAAUAUCUGGAAUUAACCAGAUACAACAACCAUUUAAUCAGAACAACAUUUUUCUCCAAGUUACUGAUUUUCAUAAAUUGGUGGAACCUACACUGUGAUCAUUGUUGAUACGGAUGUAAAAGCAUAUUAUGCACACACCAUUCAACAGAUUGGUUUUGUUAAUAAAUAUAUAAACCUU